GUGUCUGCGAGGCACACGGCCCGGCGUUGAGCUCAAAAGCGCAGCGCGCUAGGCCUCCGCGGGCCCUGCCGCGGCAGGCCCGAGCUUGCCUCUCACUCUCAAGUCUCAACCCGUCCUUCCAAUGAUCAGCCAUCACCGCCAUCAGCACCAGCCACUGCCGCCGGGCUGCGGCUCCUGGGCCUCCUGCCUGCCGGCGUUGGUGUCCACCGGGGUGCUGCCCGCGCUGCCGCCCCUGCCUCGACUGCGGGCCGCGGUGGAGGCGGCGCUGCUGCAGCACGAGGAGGAGGACCUGGGCCGCCAGUGGGCACAGCAGCAGCAACAGCAGCAGCAGGGGCAGCAGCAGGGGGUCUCUGGCGAGGAGGACGGAGCAGCUGGCGCCGACCCAGCGGCCGACCCACCGGGCGCAACGCCGCCGCCGCCCUCUGCCCCCUCUGCCCUGCUGCCGUGUGUGCCACACUUCCCCGCGUCUGCGCUGCUGGCGGCGGUGGAGGGCUGUGUGGCUGACACGGCCGCCAUCCCGCCGCCCGCCCGCCCCGCCGCCUGCCUGCUGGUCGCGGCAGUGGCGCAGGAGCACUACGUCCGGGCGCACAGCACGAGGGCGCGACUGCUCAGCGCGCGCCGCAUGCACCUCACGGCCACCAGCGGAGGAGGGCGAGAAGCAGCCGCAGGAGCAGCGGCAGCGGGAGCGGGCGCGGCGGGAACAGCUGGACAGGGUGCAGGAGGGGGAGGCGGCGCGGUGGGGGCCGGGACGGGGCAGCAGCCGGGCUGCACAAGCCUGCCGGAUAUGGCGCCGGCGGCAGAGCUCACGUCCCCUUGGGCACAUGGCGGUGGCGGCGGCAGGGGCAGUGCUGCGGCGCCCGCCUGGCAGCCGCCCGCCCCCGUGUCACCGCCCACGCCCGCCCCGCCGCCCCAGAAGCGGCCGCGGCUGCUGUCGUGCCAGUCCCCUGCCCCCGCCGGUGCAGUGGACACCCGCAUGGGGACCAGCGGGGGCAGCGGGGACCACUGGGGCAUGGGUGGGGAGGCUGGAGGGGGGGAGGAGCAGGGGGACGCACAGCAGCGGCAGCAGCAGCCGGAUGGCCUGGUAGAGGCUGGCGGCGUCAAUUCUGAUGCGGUGGGACUUGUGCUCAGCAGCUGGGGCCUGCCGCUCACACCGCAGCUACUGCCGCCUGGUGGCGAUCGCGGCGGAGCGGCGGCUGCUACUGCCGCCCGGGAGCGCUACAGCCGGCUGUGCGGGGGCUGGCGGGGCAACUGGCUGGUGUGUGCGCCCACCGGCUCGGGCAAGACACGCGUGUUCGUGGAGGUGGUGAGGUCUCAGAUCCUGGCCUGCGCCGCCUGCUGCGGCCGCGGCGCGGUGGUGGUGGUGCUGGUGCCCUCGGUGCUGCUGACCGAGCAGCACGCGGCGGCGCUGCUGGCGGCGGCGCUGCCCGGCUCGCCCCUGGUGGCGGCGCACAGCUCGCAGCGCCCCCUCACCGCAGCAGCCUGGAGGGACGCGGUGCGGAGGGCGGCGCCGCAGCACCCGCACCACGGCGGCGGCGGCUGGGGCGGCGGCAGUGGAGGCGGUCCUGCCGGGCCGGCCGGCCGGUGCCGGUGCCGGGGCGGCUGUGCUGCAGAGGGGUGCAGUGGCGACAGCAGUGGCGACGGCAGUGGCGGCAAUGGCUGGGCGGUAACGCCCGCUGCAGCAUCCGCGGCCGUGGGCUGCGGCCAGUCUGCGGUGGUGGUGGUGACUGCCGCCGCCUUCCUGCACCUGCUGCAGGCGGGGGAGGCGGACCUGGGGGCGGAGGUGGACCUGCUGGUUCUGGACGAGGCGCACCACUGCCACGGCGCCGGACACCCCUACGCCCGAGUGCUGGACCAGCACCUCAGCAGGGGGAGGGGCAGGGGGAGGGGGCCGGGGCCGGGGCCGGGGCCGGUGGCGUCAGCAGGGGAGGAAGGGGCUGGAGGCGCGGCAGGGGCCGCGGCGCAAGCCCAUACCCAGCAGGCAUGGACGGCGCCGCGGGUGUUGGCUGUGACCGCCUCCCCCAGCAGUGCCACCUGCAUGUCCCGGCUGCACGCCUCCAUGACCUCCCUGCUGGCGCUGCUGGGCGGCGCACGGCUGCACCGCGUGGACACAAGCGGGGCCGCUACUGCCGCAGCCACCGCCGCUACUGCCGCACCCGCACCCAUACCCACACCCGCCUCUGACGCACCUGAGGGCUCAGGCAGCGGGCCACAUGGGCCGGCGGCUGAGGCGGCAGCUGAGGCGGGGGCAGGGGCAGGGGAGGCCACCGCUGCUGCAGGGGCGGGUGGCCCAGCCGCCGACAAGCCGCCGCCAGCGGCUGAGGCUCCGGCGGUAGCUGCCGCAUCUCCGCCUGCUCCUCCUGCUCCUCAGCUGCCCGAGCCGGUCCAGUCGGAGGUGCGUGUGCCCAUGCGGGCGACGGACCGCACCAUGUGUCAGGUGCUGCAGGCCUUCUACGACACGACUGUGCUGGACCUGGCCGAGUCGCUGGCCCAGCUACCGCCACACGCCGAGCAGCUGCUGCUGGCGGCAGAUGCAGCUACUGCCACUGCCGGCACUGGUGCUACUGCCACCACUGCCACUGGUGCUACUGCCACUGGUGCUGGUGCUACCGUCACUGGUGCUACUGCCACUGAUGCCACUAACGCUGUGGCUGCAGCAGUGCCCACGGGGCUGCAGGCACUGGGUCCAGGGGGCGAGGAGGAGGAGGUGGUGGAGGUGGUGGCGGCGCGGCAAUUCUGGCGAGCACGUCAGGAACUGUCCAGGGCCCUGGACCAGGCUCUGGCCUCCGCCGCCUUCGCCGCCACCGCCGCCCACAUGCACGAGACCGCAGCCGCUGUGGGGGCCGCUGCAGCUGCAGCUGCUGUGGGGGCCGCUGCUGUGGGGGCCGCCGCCGCCGCCGCCGCACCUGCGGCCGCUGCGGCGGGGACAGCAGCUGUCGCGGCCCCGCUGCAGGAGGCUCCGGGGGCAGCUGGCGGCAGCGGUGUGUGCGGGGAGGGGCCGCAGCAGCAGGCGCCGCUGCUGAGGCUGCGGCUGAUGGGCGACUCCGGUGCCAUGCGGUGUCUGUCCGCCUGCCGCCACUGGGCCGCCGCCGCCUCCUGCUGCCCGCACCUGGAGCUGGCCUGCCGCCUGCUAGACCUCCUGCGCAAAGCACUGGAGCUAGCGGAAGAAGCGGGUGCGGAGGCGGCCCUGACCCACCUGGUGCGGAAGGCAGUGGUGCUGGUGGCCCUGCAGGCGGAGGCGGAGGCGGAGAGUAGGGAGGCAGAGAGUGGGGAGGCGCAGGAGGGAAAGGAGGCGGAGCGUACGGAGGCGGAGAGGGCUACUGACGUGGGCACCGCUGCAAGGGGGGGAUUCGGGGGCCCUCUACCGACAGUAGCAGGCAGCGUUGCCACCGUCAGAAGCAGUGCCAGUGGCAGCAGCGGCGGUGGUGGAGGUGGCGGCGGCGGGCUGCGAGGUCUCAUGUUUGCAAAGGCGGCGGCGGCGGCAGCAGCAGCCGCAGCAGCUCCUGCUGUGCCAGCUGCGCCUGUUGCACCCAGCAGCUCGCCCGUCACAGCGGGUGUGUGUGACACCGCCAAUCCAGAUGACAUGCCCCGUACCGCGGCUGCUGCUGGUGACGGCGGCGGCGGUGGCGCGGCGGCGGCGGACGCGCCGGCGGCGGCGGCGGUGUCAGGAGGCUUCGGCACUAGCGGCAGCGGCCACCGCUCCCACCACUGCUGGUACCGCGGCGCCGACAUCUCCCUGCGUGUGUCGGGCGUGUUGAAGCAACUGCUGGGCCUGUGCUGCACGGUGCCCGCCGGGGUGGCAGCAGGGGCGGCGGGGGUAAGCGACGGCGGCAACGACGGCAGCAACAGUGGCGGUAGUGACGGUAGUGGUAGUGGCGGGGGUCGUCAUUGGAUGGGAUUGUCUUUCCUCCGAGACGACACCGCCACCGCCACUACUGCCACCACUGCCGCCACCACUGCCGCCAACUCGCCACUGGCUGUAGCACCGUCGCCACCAGCAGCAGUAGCAGUAGCGGCAGGGGGAGUAGCGGAUGCAGCGGGGGCGGGGGCGGGCGCACAGCCACGUCAGACGCCGCAGCAGCCGGCGCCUUCAGUCGGCAGCAAGAGGCCGCGGCAGGAGCAGGAGGAUGGGGCGGAGGAGGGGGCGGAGGGGCCGGGGGAGGCAGAUGACAGCGGUGCUGGUGCUGGUGCUGGUGCUGGUGCUGGUGCUGGUGCUGGUGCUGGUGCUGGUGCUGGUGCUGGUGCUGGUAGCGCUGCGCUCAUGUUUGUUCGGGACUGCUUCGCCUCGGGGGACAUUCAGCCGCAUGCGCACCCCAAGUUCUGGGCCCUGGUGCAAUUCCUGCAGCGGUACCGGCCGCACCCCCACCCCCACCACGGCCCUGCACACGUGCACGGCAUCAUCUUUGUGCGGACCCGCCAGGCGGUGUACCACCUGUCGGACAUGAUCCGCCGUACGGCACAGCUGCAGCACGUGGAGGUGUUUGAGCUCACAGGCCACCACAGCGCCGGCGGCCGGGAGGGCGGCCGGGAGGGCGGCCGGGAGGGCGGCAGCAGCUGGAGCCACGGCGCCUGUAUGGGGCGGCGCGACGUCGGAGGCAGUCCGCUGCUGCCGCCGCCACGCGCCCCACACACACAAGCCGUGCUCAGCAUGGAUGCGGCCUUGUCCAGCGGUGAUGACACGGAUGAGUCCGCCACCACUGACUCUGGGGGGGAGGAGGGGGACGAGGAGGAGGAGCGGGAGGAGCGGGGGAGGAACGGACCUGGCAUGCCGGCAGCGGUAGCUGCUGCUUGGGCGUCGCGGCAGCAGCACCACCACCACCAGGGGCAGCGGCAGCGGCAGGGCCAGGGCCGGCCGCCCGGUGCCGCCGCCGGCCGCCGCACGGCCCUGGACCCGCACAGUGACCGGCACGGCCGCGGCAUGAGCGGCAGUGAGCAGCAGCAGGUGCUGCGGAUGUUCAAGGACCCAAGCGGCUCCGCGCGCUGCAAGGUGCUUGUGUCCACCUCUGCCGCGGAGGAGGGCCUGGACGUGCCGAGCUGCUCCUGGGUGGUGAGGUACAACGCCGCCGCCACAGGCAUCCAGCUGCUGCAGAGCCGCGGCCGCGCGCGCCUGGCCACCGCCGCCGCCGCCUUCGUAAGCCUACUGCAGGAGGACACACUGGACCUGCGACUGCACCAAAAGGCGAGGGAGGAGGAGCGGAACAUGAUGGAGUACUGCAGCGGGGGAGGCGGGGAAGGAGGAGGCGAGGCAGGGGUAGAUGGGCCUGUGGCGGCGGCGGCAGCGCACCCGCAGCAGUGGAUACCUAGCCCACUCACGGCCACGCAUCCCGUUCAAUCCCUGUAAUCACCGCUUUGCAUACCCCUUCACAAUUGCCAGCUAUGUCAUGGGUGUGCCUCCAUACCCCUGCACUUUUUCUCGCUUGUAAGCAAUUUACAUGUGGAGUGGGAUGUAAGUUUGGUUUGGUUGGGGUUAGUCGGUUAGCCGCAGCUGCAGGCCCAGGCGAUGCUAUGUGCUGGGACAGCGGACGCACUGAAAUGGCACGUGGCUGGCUGCGCUGUGGUGGCGCCGUGGCGGGCAGGGGUUGCUAGCCACAGAGGCAGCUUGAGGAAGGGCAUACGUGGCUGGUGGCGCGGCGGUGGACCUAGUUACAUAACGCUAGCGGUGGAAGCUGUGCGGCCGGACAAAUAGGGACACGUGGCUGGCCACACAAUAUGACGGCGGUCCUGGGAGGUGGAGGAGCUACCGCCGGGUGCUUGUGGACACACAGCAACCCCCCGUGCGCACGCUUCAACGCCGUCGGACGUCACCGCAAAAAGGGCUUGGCUGCCCGAAAUGCAUAUACACGUGGGCGUCUAUUAGAAGGGGCGGCGGCAGUGUCGCAGUGACUCCCCCACCCACCGUGCCCACCCACCCACGAAGUGUAAAACAGGGAUACAAAGAAACUGUGAGGUGGGAUGUGAAGGUGUAUUACAGGGGAAGGGGAAGGGGAAGGAGAGAUAGAGCCAUAGAGGCAGGGGAGGAGGUCCCUGGAUAGAGGAG